AUGGACCAAAGACAGAGCAGGUGACCAGCACACCUAACAAACUCACUUGAUUUAUGAUAUGAAAGUAUUUUUAUCAGUGUGUAUCUUUGUUUUUAUCUGUGUGUGUGAAUUUACUUUAGUCCUGAUGUCCAUCCUUUGGGGUCACACCGGUUCCUGACUUCCAUCCUGUUGGCGUCAGCUCUCCUCCUCCCCGCUCUGAGCCUGGACGGCCUCUCGUGUUACCACUGUCCAUUGCAGCAGAAAGGCAAGCCCUGCCCCAACAUUACAAGCCAGUGUCUGCCUCACCAGCGCUGUUCCAACUCCAGAGGCCACUACGGAUCCGUCCACAUGCUGUCGUCCCAGGGCUGCCUGGACUCCCACCUCUGCGGCUCCCACGAAAUAAUCUCUUAUCGAGGCGUUGAAUUCAACGUCAGCCACAGCUGCUGCUGCAAAAACAAAUGCAAUGAGCACCUGAAAUCUGCCUUCAGCUUGAAAACACUGCUGAGGAAGAUGGCAGGCAGAUUAGGUCCCAAUGAUAUCAAUAAGGGCCUUGACGCAGAGCCGUGGGAUUCAUGUGCAGAUUACCCAUCAUCAAAAAGCUCCACAUAAACUGCCGCUGCAUCAUAGACUUGCUCUAAAGCGAGGACACUCACCUGAGUCUCCACAAGAGGGAAACAUUCAGACAAAUGUUUUUUCGUGAUUGAGACUUUUUAUAUUUCUACUCAAUGAUGUUUGAUAUAGAGAAAUCCAUCGGUGCUGGUGGCUCGAAUGUUUAAAGGUGGAUUUGUCAGUCAUCUCUGAAACCAUGAAUGCAGCACAAUAAAAGCACUUUGAUCAGCUUUCAACUGCGUGUAGUUCCUCUGUGUGGAUUUUUCAAACAGGUGUGCAGGGAGGUGUGGCCUGAGCAAGAAGAUCUGGAGUCAGUGGUGAGAAGUGAGUUCAUCAGAUGAAGGAGCUUUGAGAGGUUUUGUCUGCUAAACUGGAGUAAAGAUCUUAAAAAUGCCAAGGUAGGUCUUUGUAAUAGUUGUUUGAAGUCGCACAGUGAGAUUAUUUCUGCUUUUAUUUCCUGUUUUUGCAGCUCUGACUGCUUUAAUGUGACAAUCAGCAGAGAUCAUCAACACCUGUGUCAGAGUCGAGGUUAAUGAGUCACUUUGAAAGAUUUUAAAAAGGAGGAAAAUGAUGGAGGGUUGUCCACAAAGCAGACUUGCAAAGAAGAGUUUAAAUAUGAGGAUUGAUGUGUCGCACCAAAGAAGUGAUCUGAGUGAGAAGGAUCUGGUGUUUUUUUAAGAACUUGACAGAUCUGUUACAGGUGAUUUACCUCCACUUAAGAGCAGUGCUAAAUUGUAGAUGAGCACUUAUUAUUAUUAUUGAUUCGAGUGAAUCUUCGUCAUCAUUCUCUUCAUUUGCAGGCUGAACAUGUUGCUCCCUCUGCGUGUCGCUCUGUUGUGCUUCUACUUCAUCCCCUCCCUCCUCUGCGCCAACCUGCGGUGCUACUACAGCCCCGUCCUGGAGAAGGAGGAGAAGUUUGAGCUCGUUGAGACGGAGUGCCCCCCUGAUGAGCUGUGCUACAAGGCGGAUGGUCGCUACGGAAACCACAGCGCCCUGACAGGAAGGGGCUGCAUGGCGAAGAAGGACUGCAGCCAGGUGCACAAGAUCCGCCUCAAAGGAACCAUCUACACCAUGAGCUACAGCUGCUGUGAUGGGCCGUACUGUAACUCCAGCCCAAGGGUGGAGGCCACAUCACUGUACAUCACUGCAGCACUGAUGACUGUCGCGGUGAUGGCUGGCAGCAUGUGA